AUGCUGCCCAGCAGAGGUGUUCUCCGCUCCCUCUCCUCCGCGAGGGCGGCCAACAGUAUAUCAAAUCAGGCCAUCUCCAGGUCAUCGAGACGACUCGGCGAUGGACGCAACUUCAGCUCCCUGCGCAGCACGGGUGGCGCUGCCCCGUGGACCGCCCUCCGCUCCGCAAACUCCAAGAUCGCCGGCACCGUAGCCGUCGGUGGCGCCCUCGAGUCACGAAGAGCCCUCUCGCUCUGGAACAGGUCCAAACCCACCACCGAAGAAGCACCAGCCGCAGCUCAAGCACCACCAGCACCGUCAGAACCCGUCACCCCCGCCGCUACCGCUCCCGCCCCCGUCACCCCCGCCGAGCCCAUCACGACCUUCUCCGACGCUGCUCCCCAGGCUACCUCUAACCUCGCCGACAUCGACGCCGCCUCCCUCCUCGACCUCCCCGAACAGAUCGGCUACCUCAAGGCCCUCGGCCUCGACUUCGGCUGGGGUCCCUCCAGCGUCAUGCAGUGGUUCCUCGAGCACGUCCACGUCUACUCCGGCCUGCCCUGGUGGGGCUCCAUCGCCGCCACCGCCGUCCUCCUGCGUCUGAUCCUGCUCAAGCCCAUCCUGAAGUCCCAGGAGACCUCCACCAAGCUGCAGGCCCUCCAGGCCGAUCCCAAGUACGAGGAGAUCAAGCGCGCCUCCCUCGAGGCCACCUCCGCGGGCGACACGCAGGCCAUGAUGGAGCACCGCCGCGACCUGGCCACGCUGAACAAGGCCGCCGGCGUCAACCCCGCCAACGCCCUCUGGGGCUUCAUCCAGAUCCCCUUCGGGUACGGCAUGUUCCGCGUCCUGAACGGCGCCGCCAGCAUCCCCGUCCCCGGCAUGGAGACGGGCGGCUUCCUCUGGGUCACGGACCUGACGGUGCCUGAUCCCCUGUACAUCCUGCCCAUCAUCGGUCCCAUCACCAUGUUCGCCAUGAUGAGGACCGCCGGCGCGAACGCCACGCCCCAGCAAAAAGCCCAGCAAAGACUCAUGAUAUGGAUCCUCGGCCCCCUAUCCGGCAUCGUGACGCUCUACCUGCCCGCCGCGGUGCAAGUCUACUUCGUCGUGACCGGAGCCAUCGGCAUCGCCCAGAACUACGCCCUCAAGAUGCCGGCCGUCCGCCGCGCCGUCGGCCUGCCCCCCAUGGUCACGCCGAGCCCCGUGGCGGCGCCCCACCUGAGCAGCGCCAUCUCCACGACGGGCUCCUACCAGGCCCCGCGCGGCGCCCUGUCCCCGGACCCGUCCCAGGACGGCAGCAUCAAGGGCGUCAUCCGCAGCGCGAAGUCCGCGAUGCAGCAGACGGUCCACGACGCCAAGGGCGGCGCGGGCAGCUACGUGGAGGCGGCCAGGAAGAAGCAGGAGGCCCUGGAGCUGGCGGAGUACAAGAAGCGUCGCGAGCAGAAGCUGAAGAGCAUGAAGAGGUAG